AUGAUGCAAGCUGCUGUAUUAAACAAGUUCAAAGAACCUCUUGAAAUUAAACAAGUUGAAAUACCUAAACCAGGACCUAAUGAUGUUUUGAUUAAGACUAUUGCUUGUGGUGUAUGUCAUACGGAUUUACAUUUUAUACGUGGAGAUUGGGAAAUAUUUCAACAAUUUCUUCCUCGUAUUCCUGGUCAUGAAGGUAUAGGUGAAGUCAUUGAAAUUGGUUCAAAUGUUGAUGCUUGCAUAAAAAAAGGUGAUAUUCUUGGUAUUCCAUGGAUACAUGAAACAUGUCUUCAAUGUGAAUAUUGUUUAUCGAAUCGAGAAGAAGUUUGCCCAAAAUUAAUUCGAUCAGGCGUUACUGUUGAUGGUUGUUUUGCUGAAUAUGUAUUAAUGAAUGCAAAUUUUGCUAUUAAACCUCCAGAUGGUAUGGAUCCAUACACAUCAGCACCAAUCUAUUGUGCAGGUGUUACAAUGUAUAAAGCUUUAAAAACUUCUAAAGUUCAACCGGGACAAUGGAUAUCAAUUGUGGGUAUCGGUGGUCUUGGAUCGAUUGGUAUUAAAUAUGCUGUUGCAAUGGGAAUGAAGGUAUUGGCUGUAGUAGCACCAGAUGAUAAAGUUGCUGUACAAUUAGCUAAAGAUAUGGGAGCAGAAGAAGUUUACGAUGGCCCAGCAGAAAAACAUGGAGAAUGGAUUCAAAAUAAAGUUGGUGGUGUUGAAGCAUCGAUUGUCACUGUUCCUUUAAUUAUUGCUUUUGAUCAAGCAUUUGUAUCAGUCAAGCGUUGUGGUCGAGUCAUAGGUGUUGGUAUACCUAAAGGUAAUAUGUCUUUUCCAAUUGCUCGAUGGGUUACUAGUGGAAUCGAAUUAAUUGGUUCAACUCUUGGUUCACGACAAGAUUUACAAGAAUCAUUAGAUUUUGCUAAACUUCAUGGAAUUGAAUGUAAAAUAGAGAAACGUAAAUUAAAGGAUAUCAAUCAAAUUUUCGAAGACAUGUCGAAUUAUAAAAUUAAUGGAAGAAUUGUUAUUGAUUUUUUAGAAAAAUAA